CAUUGGACAAUAAUAAGGGUACUAGACGUGGGAAAUAAGUCAAGCAGACAAACGGCAAAUAUCCGUAAUAACUAACAGAGAAGAGAAAGGGUUUUAGGAAGGAACGGUAGAAGGGAAGGGGAAACGUGGCGAAUGGCUGAGAUUCGCCGUCGUCAUCAAAACAUGUUUCUUCUUCUCCGUUAACAGAACGACGAAAUUUCCACCGAAAAAGAAAAAUAAUUUUGUUUUUUUUGUUUUGUUUCCUGGAGUAAGGGCGGAAAAUCAAUUCAAGUCGGUGUACGUCGUUGUGUUCUUCUCCUCCUCUGCUUCGCUUUCGCCCGACGAACUCCCCCGCCGGCCGCCACCCUGUGCUCAUUUUCUCAGAUUCAUCAAGGAAACAGCAUCGCAAUCGGAACAUUCCAUGAUGUUGUCGCGAGCCUUGUCGCGGAUUUCAAGAAUUACCAGGAGGAAGAACGCUCUAGGCUGCCGCUCGCUUCUUUCGCACCGACUGGAUCCGCUGCCUAUCUCCGACGGCAGCACCAACACUCUUGGCGACUCUGCUCAAAAGGUUUACAGUUGCAGAGAACAUUAUUCGUCAAGUACUCCUGCACGGCUUGGCUUUACGCAUCAAAUACAUCACCAGAGCACUUCCUUGGUUGAGGAACAACUUGAUCCUUUUUCACUUGUUGCUGAUGAGUUAUCGGUUCUUGCUAAUAAAUUGCGGCAAAUGGUAGUUGCUGAGGUUCCGAAGCUUGCCUCAGCAGCUGAAUACUUCUUUAAAAUUGGAGUGGAAGGGAAGAGGUUCCGUCCAACGGUCUUGUUGCUGAUGGCAACAGCUCUAAAUGUGCACAUACCUGAACCUAUACCUAAUGGCGGUCCCAUGGCUACAGAGCUACGUGCAAGACAACAACGUAUAGCAGAGAUCACAGAGAUGAUUCAUGUAGCAAGUCUUCUCCAUGAUGAUGUUUUGGAUGAUGCGGACACAAGACGUGGUAUUAAAUCAUUAAACUUUGUUAUGGGCAACAAGGUAUCAGUUUUAGCUGGGGAUUUUCUACUUUCAAGAGCUUGUGUAGCACUAGCUUCCUUGCGGAACACUGAGGUCGUUUCACUACUGGCAACAGUUGUGGAGCAUCUUGUAACUGGCGAAACCAUGCAAAUGACUACCACCACUGAGCAACGUUGUAGCAUGGAGUACUAUUUGCAAAAGACGUAUUACAAGACUGCAUCUCUCAUUUCCAAUAGCUGUAAGGCAGUUGCACUUCUUGCUGGGCAAACUGCUGAAGUGGCAACACUGGCUUUUGAGUAUGGAAGAAAUCUGGGUUUGGCCUUUCAAUUGAUAGAUGACGUUCUUGAUUUCACUGGCACGUCUGCUUCACUUGGAAAAGGAUCAUUGUCAGACAUACGCCAUGGAAUAGUAACUGCUCCCAUACUGUUUGCCAUGGAGGAGUUUCCCCAGCUGCGUGCAAUUAUUGAUGAAGGAUUCGAGGAUCCCAAAAACGUGAACCUUGCACUUGAGUACCUUGGAAAGAGCCGUGGAAUACAGAGGACAAGAGAACUUGCUGCACAACAUGCUAACCUUGCUGCAGAAGCUAUCGAUUCUUUACCGGAAACUGAUGACGAGGAUGUGCGGAGGUCGAGGCGUGCUUUGAUAGACAUCACACAGAGAGUAAUCACCAGGAACAAGUAACAAGAAGCCACACAUACCUCAAUCCUUGCUUGGCACAAUGUACUGCACAAUAUUUUUGCACUCAUUUCCUUGCAUUGUUCCUGUAAUUUGAGGGCAAAUUAGUUCCCCCCUCUCCCAUUAAUUUAAUUGCUUUUCAGAUUUUUUGUCACAAAUAAUAUACAAUGUAAGGGGACCUGAUACUUGUAAAUUGUGCUCCCAUGUUACUCUGUGUACAACACAGAUAGCCAGAUAGGUAUAGAUUCUGCUCCAAAUGAAUCUCAGAUUAGUGGAAGUGACGAUUAUUGGUCAUCAGUUUUUGGGUUUUA